AUGAACGAAAGACAAAAGGCUGAAUUAGAAGGAAAUAAAGGAAAAAGUUUAUUUUGCAAGAUUUCACUUAAUGGAUCAUAUGGUUACGAUGCAAUGAAUACACAAAAUUACGCAAAGACUAAAAUAAUGAAUGCACAGAAGGCACGCGUUGCAUGUAUGUCAAAUAAGUUUAAAAACAUAAGAGAAAUAGGUGAAGAUACAUAUCAAGUGAUGCUUAAAGAUAGAUUUUAUAGAUGUGAUACAUGUUUACAAGAGGCAUUCUUCACUUUAGAUAAUGCUAAAUACUGGUAUUUGGUUUUCAUUUAUGAUUUUAUGUAUAAAUGCAUGAAUGUUAAUCGUUUUCAUUUCAUUGAAGGUGAUACUGAUUCAUCUUAUUGGGCAAUCGCUGGCGACCCAAAUCUUCCUAACACUCAAGCAUUUCAAGCAAUUGUUACCGAUAAACAAUUUUAUGAUAAAAACAUUUUCAAAUUCGCACCAUUUGAUUUCUUCUGUUUUGAUGAGAAAUUUAAACCUAAAUUAAAGAAUAAAGCUGAAGAAAAAGCACAUGAGAAGAAGUUAUUGGGUUUAGCAAUUGAGAAACAAGGUGAUAACAUGGUUGCUUUAUGCCCUAAGUGUUAUACAUCAUUCAACGGUUCAAUUGAUGGAAGUGAUUUUAAAAAGAUUGCACAAAAAAUGAAAGGUGUUAGUUUACGACAAAAUAAACAAUUAACACCUAAAAAUUAUUUGGAUAUAAUAAAUGAUAAAGUGAUAUUUGAUGGUCAGAAUAUUAAUUUACAACUUAAAAACGGGUCAAUGACUCGCUUAACAAUCGGUAAGACUGCAUUAACAGGAGCACACACUAAGGCUGUAUGUUGUGAAAAUGGAUGUUGUAUGCCAUUUAUUUAA